UUCCAUUUUUUAUUCAUGUAGUUUACAGUAUCAAAAAAUAUACAAGAUAUUUUUCUCUCUCUGAUUUAUAUGGAAAUUGAAUGAUAACUAUUGUUUAUGCUAAAUAAUUACAUCCUGCGAAAUAGAAUAUAUUAAGUUACUCUGGAAAAGAAUAACAAGUAUUCUUGAAGUGCAUGAAGAGCAACAUUUUACAUAGAAAUUAAUUAAAAAGUUUCUUUUUAUUAAAAUACUUAUACUACUAAGAUUUGUGAUUGUUUAUGAUUGCUACAUAAGUAUCUUUAUCAAAAAGUUUUUGAUACAGUCCAUUCAGUUUAAUAUAAAUGAAUGUAUACAUGUAUAUACACAUAUAGAGUUUAUUAUUAGUUCUUUUUUCUUCAUCCACAGUAGUUGAUUAUUGACUAAUUCUUACUAAAUGAAUAAUACCGUUAUAUUUGAUUUGCCUUAUCUGAAAUGGCAACAAAAAUGCAAGAAAUAAGUUUUCAGCUGAUGAAAUCGCCAAGAGAACUAGCAUCAUGGAAUUUUCCUUUGUCAAAGAUAUUAGAUGAAUAUUCAGCGUUAUUACCCGAAGCAGGAAAAAUUCAUUAUGGUGAAGUGGCUCUUGUUAUUCAAAAUUCAGUUAAUGCUUACGUUCGAAGAUUAGAGGAACUUUAUGAUGAAACUAGAUGCUUCAACACGAAAUUAAUUGAUAGGAAAGGUGAAAACGAAAGUACAUGUUUUUUCAGACAAGAAGCCGAUAAAAACAAUAUUAUAGAUUUUACACCAUUUAAAUUACUAGAUUUUCAAGAAGUCGGAAGAAACACGAAUUCCAAAUUUCAAAACAGAAAAACAGUAAAUUUUCUACAUAGCUGUUUUACACAACUGGAAAAUUUAAAUGAUAGAUCAUAUAUUAAUUUACAGGAUAUACAUAAUGAAUUAAUUGGGAAAAAAUAUGAUUAUCGGUGUAACCAGCGAAUAUCGAAAUGUGGAAACUUGGUAGAUGAAUUUAAUUCAGAUGAUUUUGGCAAUAAUUGUAAACUGAUUGAUAUCUCUAUAGCCAAAUCAAAAAAUAAUUCGAUAAUCGAUAAUCCAUUGAUACACUUAACAUCUGGUGCUACCACUGACCACAACAUAAGUCCCAAUAAAUAUGUUUCUUUUUUAAAUGGAUCGACAGCUUCCAAUUUAUAUAAAAACAUUCCGAUAGAAGAACGAGAAAAUAUUGAAUUCAUGCCCAUUUCAAAUUCAACAAUAUAUUCUUGUAUGAUAAACAUACCAACGUUCAAAUCUUUUCCAUCACCUUGUUGCAAUGCAAACAACGUUAAAAUUACUUCAUCACAAAUUACAGGUAAAAGUAGUAAUAAAAUGAAUAUAGAGAUUUCGAAAAACAAUACCGAUCAAGAAGGCAUUGGCGGACAUCUAAAGAAAUGUGGGGAUUCUUAUUUUGAUGUAAAUAAUCAACAAAUGGAUAGUUUCAAACAAAGCUAUUUGGAUAAAAAUUAUAAGAGGACAUCAAUUUUAAAUUCAGACACUUUGAAUUUGAAAACAGGUAUUAUUUUGAGACGGAGUAAAAGAAUUAUGUAUAAGAAUAAAGAUAAAUCGGUCCUGAAAGAGAAUAAAAAACAUAAAUUAAAACCAAUCUCAUUUACAUCUGGGAUUCCGAAUAAAGUUGGAAAAAGUAGAAUCAAAUUUCGUUUUCCCUGCAAUAGGAAACUUUUAAUUGGAAAUUUGACAUUCAAAAAUAAGAAAUAUUCUAAAGCUAUAGAAAAAAAUACAGAAUUUGUAAAUACUGACAACGAUUUAAGUAUUACUGAAUAUGACAACAUGGUUCAUAAGGUUCAGAAUAUUACACGUGAUACGAGUUCAAUAAAAGGUUAUUCAGAAGUAGAUCAGCUCUAUGGAAAAAAUACAUGUUUUACGAAAAAGCGUACCAUUAAAUAUAAUCCUGUUACCACCAUAAAGAUGGACUUAUUAGGAUUUGAACUGAAUAUUGAUAAGUGUGUGAAAUCUCUGGAUCAAUCUUUAUACGCGCCAUACCAAAACAAUCUUAUUUCACUUCCUGAAUAUUCAUUACAUUCGGGACAUAAUGCAACAUUAGUUUCUCCACUUUCAAAAUUAUCUUUGUCUCUGAAACACAAUACUGACAAUCAAAUAAAUAUUGAUGAACUUUACAGCAAUGGUAUAGAAGUUGUUAUAAAAGAGAAAAUAAAAGAAAUUUAUAAGAAAUUAGAUUUAUUAACAGAAGAAGAUAAAAAAAUUGCUAAAUGGCAUGAAGAGUUAAAACCUAAAUUAAGAGAAGCUGAGCAUAAACCACCUUUCUUCAUACAUGAAUAUGAGGCACGUAUCAUACAGAAACUACGAAAAAGUAAUCGCAGAGUUGAUUUCAAUGAAAUGAUGAGCAAAGAAUCUUUUUCUGAAAUAGCAAGAUUUUUUUCAGCAACAUUACAGUUGGCAAGUAAAAAUAGUUUGGACAUCAACACAAGUAGAAAUUUUCAUACAGGACUUGAACUUAUACUUCUUGACUGAAAUGACUAACGUAUCCAUUUGUAAUUAUUGCCAAGUAUUCAUUCUACCGUAACUCAAAGACAUCCAUAUGUAGCUCAAAUAUUGAAAAAAAUAUAUGUAUAAAAAAUAAA